AUGGGGUAUGUACAGGCAUCAGUGGAUCCCAAUAUAUCAAAUCAGGCUUCUAUAUGGCUGUCAGCUAUUGCUUUAGCAGUUCAAGGGAUUUCAAUGCCUAUUGGUGGCUUGUUAGCUGAUAAACUAGGAUUUAGAUUAGUGGUGGCAAUGAGCUGUCUAACAAUGAGUGGUGGGGUCCUUUUGACUUACUUUACGAUUCGAGAAACUUAUAUUGGUGUGGUGAUAACGUAUGCAGUUUUAAUGGGGUCCGGUCUGGGGCUUGGAUAUUCAGUAGUCUUGACAGUUGCAGCUUCGUGGUUUCCAGAUCACCGUGGCCUGAUUGUUGGUAUGGUGGCCGGUGGUUUUGGUCUAGGAGCGCUAGUUUUUACACCAAUUCAAACAGCAAUAAUCAAUCCUAAUAAUGUUAAGGUGAAUAAUGUUACAAGGCGAUUUGAUGACCCCGAUGUUUUGGACCGAUUACCAUCUGCAUUUCUCAUACUUGGUGGCAUUUUACUGUUUAUCCAAGUCAUCGGACUCGGACUAUUACGCCCUAAGCCCACUUCAAAACAUGCAAGAAAUUCAGUCUCAAAUAAUCCAAAUUACAGCCCAAAGGCAUCAACCUCACGUAAUAACAAGUCGAAUUUGUCUAGGGAAAUCAAUAUUAGUUCAAAACAGGUCUUUCGUUAUAUUGAUUUCUAUCUGUUAUGGUUCAUAAUGUUUUGUGAUAUAAUACCAAUCACCAUUAUUACUUCGGCGUACAAACUAUUCGGUCAAGCGUUUAUUAGUGAUGAUAGAUUUUUGUCAGCUGUGGCAACAGCUUCAUCACUGUUCAACUGUGCAGGACGUAUUAUAUGGGGUGAAAUUGUUGAUCGCGUCUCAUUUAAGUUACCAAUGUGUACAAUGUUGCUUACUUGGAGUGUAGUUCUGCUAACAUUUCCUCAUAUCUCUUUGUUGACGGGGACAACAUUAAAAGUUUUCUAUACUAUUUGGGUACUACUCCUAUUCUUCACGUUAAGUGGUACUUUUGUCAUUCAACCUGCAGCAACUGGAGCUCUUUUUGGUCCUGUUCAUAUGGCUGUUAAUUAUGGUCUAAUAUUUAGUGCAUUUACUGUAGGGAGUAUUCUUUGUGCGAUUGUAACAACUUUUGUUAGCUAUCAGAAUGCAUACCUAGUUCAGUUUACUGGCUGUGGAUUUGUAUGUUUGUUCGCAUUCUUUCUUGCCCUAUGGAUUAAAGAUCAAAAAAUGCCUGAAAAGAUCAACCUUUGUGGAGUGUGCACUAAUACGUGCCAAAGUUUAAGACUACCACAACCAGUCUCUGUGCCGGUCGAAGAACUGGAAAGGCUUAAUCAGGGUAGUGCAAACAAGUGA